AUGGUGAAUAGAGCAUGCGCGGAGUGGGUGAAGAUUGUGGUUGGUGUUUCCUUUCUCUGCCCAGAAACGUUCCAAAUAAUGCGAGAAGAAGGGAACGAUGAAUUGAGCGAAUACAUUGAAGGACUUCAUGAACGUUUUCUGUGAGGAUUUUCACUGAAGAUGCUGUCACAUCUCCUAUCGCCUAGCUAUUUCCUCAACUGUGAGACUUUUUGCUGACUCCAUGUUUCUGACAUCUUUCCAGACACAGCAUGAGAUAUUAAAACUGGAAAUUGAACUUGUUCCAAACCUCGUUUGCCAUUGGUUCACUAUCCCUCUGACCUCAGUGCCGAUACAGUGUGGAGCUGGAGGAACACAGGUCAGGCAGCAUCAGAGGAUCAGGAAAGGUGCCUCUCUGAUAUAGAGGAGACUACAUCGGGAGCAAUGGAUGCAAUAGACCCAGGUUAGAAAAUGUACAGACAUUCCGAACCCAACAACAUCCUGGUAAAGAAGGGUCUAGACCCGAAACGUCAGGUUUCCUCUGAUGUGGUGUUCAUCCCACUCUACAGCUUGUUAUCUAAAUCCUGAUUAUUUGAAGACAAAGAUUUACAAUGCAAUACUCAAACAAGGCAUCAUGUUGAUAUCACACGGAAUCACUUGAUAAAUAUCAACAGCCCUUGAAUAUGGAAGGAAACAAGUUUACCUGUUAUUAAAGAUUUCAAACAUCAAUAUACUUGGAAAGUCAUCGAGCCACAGACACACCUGAGGGAGAACGCUCCAGUGAGCUGACUAUGUAAAAGAGCUUUGACCGGUAUCACAGACUGGAAAAAAAAAUACUGUGCACAGCGGGCACAGACUAUCCACUUUUUUUAUUUGUGUGAGGCUUCAACCAAUUACCCAAUCUAUAGAUUCACAGGGACAGCUGCACUAUGGAGAAACCAUGGGAAUGUGGAGAUUGUGGCAAGGGAUUCAGAUUCCAAUCCGAGCUGGAAAUACAUCAACGCAGCCACACCGGUGAGAGACCAUUCACCUGCUCAGAAUGUGGGAAGGGAUUCACUGCCUCAUUCAAACUUCUAGCACAUCAGCAAGUUCACAGCAAUGAGAGACCUUUUAAAUGUACAGACUGUGGAAAGCACUAUAAAAAUGCCUGGGAAUUGGCAUCCCAUAAACUUGUUCACACCGAUGAGAGACCAUUCAGGUGCCCUGAAUGUGGGAUUAGGUUCAAGCAUUCAUCUCACCUGCGGGGGCAUCAACGAGUUCACACUGUGGAGAGGCCAUUCAUCUGCUCUGAGUGUGGGAUGGGAUUCGCUCAAUCAUCCCACUUACUGAAACACCAGCAGGUUCAUACUAAUGAGAGACCUUUUACAUGUUCAGAUUGUGAGAAGAGCUUUAAAAGCAGCAAUGAUCUUCGGGUACAUCAACGAAUUCACACUGGGGAGAGACCAUUUAUCUGCUCAGUGUGUGGGAAGGGAUUUACUCAGUCAACUCACCUCUUAAAACACCAGCGAGUUCACAGUGAAGAAAGACCCUUUAAAUGCCCAGAUUGUGGACAGCAGUAUAAAAGUGCAUGGAUACUGACAGUCCAUCAACGUGUCCACACUGAUGAGAGACCAUUCAGGUGCUCUCACUGUGGGACUGGGUUCAAGCGUUCAUCUGAGCUCACUGCCCACCAGCGACUUCACACGGGGGAGAGGCCAUUCAUCUGCUCAGUGUGUGGGAAGGGGUUUACUCAGUCAACACACCUGCUAACACACCAGCGAGUACAUACUACAGAGAAACCUUUCAAAUGUUCUGACUGUGAGAAGAGCUUUAAAAGCAGCAAUGGCCUUCAGUUGCAUCAGCGAAUUCACACUGGGGAGAGGCCAUUCGUCUGCUCAGUGUGUGGGAAGGGAUUUACUCAGUCAACCCAUCUGCUUACUCAUCAGCGAGUUCACAGUGAAGAGAGACCUUUUAAAUGCCCAGACUGUGAGAAGAGCUUUAAAAGCAGUAAUGAUCUUCAAGUACACCAACGAAUUCACACUGGGGAAAGACCAUUCAUCUGCUCAUUGUGCGGGAAGGGAUUUAUUCAGUCAACUCAUCUGCUGACACACCAACGAGUUCACAGUGAAGAGAGACCUUUUAAAUGCCCAGACUGUGAGAAGCAGUAUAAAAGUGCAUGGGAACUGACAGUCCAUCAACGUGUUCACACUGGUGAGAAACCAUUCAAGUGCUCUCACUGCGGGACUGGGUUCAGCAGGUCGUCGCAUCUGCUGCGACACCAACGGCUUCACACUGGGGAGAGACCAUUCAGCUGCUCUGAGUGUGGGAGGAAAUUUUCUUGCUCAUCCAACUUGCAAUCACACAAGAGCGUUCAUGUUGUUGUGAGACCCUUUAAAUGUUCUCAAUGUGAGAAGAAUUUUAAAAACAAACAGACUUUGCUGAGACAUCAGCGAGUUCAUACUGAAGAGAGACCUUUUAAAUGCCCAGACUGUGGGAAAUGCUUUAAAAUGGCCAGGGACCUGAUGUCUCAUCAACGUGUUCAUACAGAGGAGAAACCAUUCCAAUGUUCUCACUGCGAAACUGGGUUCAAACGGUCAUCUGACCUGGUGAGACACCAGCGAGUUCACAGUCUGUAGGGGUUGAUUGUUAUUUUAUUACUAUUGUUAAUCACAUCCAGCAUUGAACAUAUGGGUUAGUGCUGAAGUGUGUAAGGUGUAUCAUAUUUCAAACCUAUCACUGAUCUCCACCGAACUAGUGAAUAACAGAGUAGGAGCAAUGCCGGGAUGAUGGAGAAAGGAGACAGGGAAAUGGGAACUCCAUCCAGUGUACUCCUAUUUCUCACCCUUAAACCCCCAAACCCAGGCAGUGCCCGACACACUACCCUCCAUCUCCUGACAUGUCAGCUUGUCCCGUGUUGCUGAAUGUGUCCCCACAUGGGUGCCAGUGGAAUAGUCUUUAACAGGACCCUCAAGGUCUCAGGUGGAAAGCAAAAGCAUUCAGGCAGGGAUUUGAGCCGCUGAUCUCUACGUCUGGUGAAACCACAUGGGAAACAUCAGGUAGAAUGACAGGGAAGCUCUGGGGUCGAAAUUGGGACUUGAUCAGAUAUUGUUAUCUUUUUAAAUAGUGACAAAAUGCAUGGGUUGGAAUCACUUCCAACCCUUGUCCACACUCACAUCCGGAGGGCCUGCUCACCAAUUCACUGAUUUCUUACUUUAAGUUUAUUUGCUGUUUUAAUCACCCUGUUUUGAUACAUCAUGACACACCUUGGGUAGACAGGAUUUAAACAUGGAUCUUCUGUUGAAGUAGGGACAAUUCUUCUGCAUCACAAGAGCCUUUGGGCUUGUUAGAUUAUUAGGUCACUAACAGGAUGAAAGUCAAUAUAUUUAGCUUGACUCAUUGCUGACAUCUAGCUUAAUUAGAAACUCACCUUUCUAUAUUGGCGACAGAAUAUUUCAGAAAUAAGAUAUAUUCUGGAAAAAGGUAUCAAGGUGGAAGAAUCCUAGCAGCUAAAAGCCAGCAAGAAUGUAAAACUUUAUGAAAGCUGUUGUACAGACAUCAGUGUGAUAAAUGACAACAGAUUGCAGUAAUCUUGAGAUUAGAGGAAAACAACAACAAUGAAUUCACAAUCACAUGAAUCAGUGAGAUGAGAAUUGCUCUCAUGAGUUGUGACUGGCCACAGCGAGGUAUUUGUCAGAUAAGAACUAGGAUAAAAGAGAGUCCACUCAGACAAGGUUGUGUCUGUGCAGUGAAGAAGAAACAAAGUUCCUGAUUUCUACUUUCUUAAAUAUCAAAGCCUGUUUUUAUUUUAUCAUUGAAACAUGGUGGAUAUUAAUUGUGCACAAGUUUAAUUUCCAUGCUUACAAAGGAAUCAACUGGUCCUCACAUUUUAUGGUAUCAAUAAACUAACUUAUCCAAGAUGUUUAUCCUUGGAAUUGUAUUUCUCUGGGACCAAGGAAGGUCAAACUGCAACCUAACAUUUAGAUUGAAUCCUGAAUCUGGGCUAUCAGAGCCACAUACAUGGGAACACGAACAGUAUUACCAGAUGCUUUUCAUCCUCAAUUCUAAGCAUUGAACUCUAUGGCUGUGCUUUUGGCUGCCUGGACCCUAAGGUCUGGCAUUUCCUGUUUGAAUCUCUCCACCUUUCAACUUCAUUUUCCUCCGUUCCUACAUUUUUAUAAUCUAUUCUUUGUUCAAGAUUUUGGUCUCCUGACUUACCACAUCCUCAGUAACCUGUGAAACUCCUUGGAACACUUUAUAUGAAGAUCUCUGGAAGUUUAAGUUGUUUUUCAGUGGACCCAAUCAAUGACUGAGUGAGUGGAUUUGUAUGAGUGUAACUUAGAUAGACACAGCUUGUACCAUCUUGCAGUGAAAUCUGUUCAUUGACCGAGUGAGUGUCUAUAAAUGUAAAACAGACGAACACAGCUUGUUAGAACAGAUCCAGGAAGGAGGAAACUCUGAACUAACAACUAGAAUUUCUGUUCUCCACAUUUUGGCAAAGGUGAUUCUUUCCAAUCAUUUGCAUUACUAACAAAAGUAAUGAAAGAUGAUUAGUUUUUGAUGUGAGCUGUUUCACUAGGUAGAAUUAGAGUUGUACACUUCCACAGCUAGCAAACUUUUUUUUGUUUGUGUGAUUUUGUUUUGUCAUUUAUGUUUGCUUUUUAUUUGUUGCUUGAAACCUGAGAUUGUGCUUUAGUCUGAGGUCAUCAACUACAAUCACUCAAUAUGAUGAAUUAUCAACUUAUGAUGUAUUAAAAAUGAUCUUUUCUGUG